AUGCUCUUCCUCCUCCUCUCCAACCUUCCCACUGCGCAUGCCGCAUCCCCCGCCGCUCGCUGGGGUCACCAAGCCAUGUAUGUCGACUCGGCCCACGCCAUGUACGUCGUCGGUGGCGAGGUUGCCAGCGGCGCUAUCACCAACGAGGUUAUCGUUCUUCCCCUCAACACGUCGUCCCCUGCCUGGAGCUCGGGUCCCGACUCUGGCCUUCCGGCUCACGCGUUCGCCUCGAUGGCACUCUCGUCGGAUGGCUCCAAGCUCGUCGUUGCCGGUGGCAUGACCUCGUCGUGUUCGUCCGACGCCGUCAUCCACUCGCUCGACAUUUCGGGCUCGACCUGGACUUCCGCCAGCCCCUCGGGCUUUACCCGUCGUCACGGUGCCGCUGCCACUGUUGUCAGCUCCAGCUCGUCCGAGGGUGAGAUGAUGCUCGUUGGUGGCCUCGCCGACAAGUACGUCUGCUCCUCGGGCUCGUCGGCCUACUCGGCUUCGGACCUCAUCGACCUCCCGGCGUCGUCGACUGCGGCUACCACCUCGAGCCUCCCCUCGGGCCUCACCGGAACCGACCUUGCCAUCUCGGACUUUGCCCUCGCCAACUCGAACGGUACUGUGUACCUCGUCGGUGGCCAGGAUGCCGAUGGCGACCUCGUGUCUCCCGGUACCAUUGGCGUCUGGACGUCGUCUGGUGGCUGGAAGUCUCAGAAGGUUACCGGUGACGUCCCCUCUGGUCGUCUCGGCGCCACCCUUGUGGCUCACCCUUGGCGCAACGUCCUUGUCAUGUACGGUGGUUCCGUCCAGAACUCGACCGCGUCGUCCGACUUUUCGGCUUCCAACCUUGUUGCUGUCCUCGACACUAGCUCGUGGAAGUGGUCGACCCCUUCCAACAUGCAGCCCGGUUCGUCGGCCGCCGUCUCGUACCACACCUCGGUCAUUACUCCCUCGGGUGUCAUGGUCACUGCCUUUGGUCGCAGCUCCACCGGCAGCCCUACCACCAACCAGCAGUACCUCGACAUGCGUGACGCGUCGUCCACCAACUGGGCCUGGACCUCGACCUGGUCGAGCGACAUGCUCACGCAGUACACCGUCACCUCGGCUUCGGACCACACCUCCAAGAGCAACAAGUCGACGGUCACCGCUGCUGUUGUCCCCACUGUCAUUGGUCUCCUGAUCAUCAUCCCCCUUCUCGUCUGGUUCUUCCGUCGCCACCAGCGCAACAGCCGCAAGCGCCGUCUCGCCUCGCACUUUUCCUUCUCCACCCAGGAGGACAAUGGCGACUUUACCCGCGUCGAUGGCCGUGGCCGUGGCCGUGGUGCCCUCUACCCCUUUGGCCGUGACGCCAACGAAAAGGAGAGCAGCCAGGGAAGCUACGUCUCGUCGAUGCGCAACGCCAUCUUCACCGUCUUCCGUCGCUCGUCGCCCACCCACGGUGUCGGCGACGACGGCACCAUUCACGAGCAGCAGAUGGCUCAGGUCAGCCCUGCCGAGCUGCAGGAGAAGGGCAUGAACUGGGAGGAGAUCGACUUUGGUCUUGGCCGUGUCGACGCUGAGCGUCGCGACGCCAACUACACCGACCUCCCCCCUCGCGUCUACCAGCCCCGCCGUGCUACCCAGCCCCGCGACUCGUUCCAGGCUCCUGGCUCGCCCAACCCCGAGAUCCCGUUCCCCAUGGCCAUGGGCAUGCCUAUUGCGUCGACCAUUUACCCCGUCGAGAUGCCGCCCCAGGAGCCCGUCACUGGCGAGCUCGUCAACGUCAGCGACAGCCCCCGUCUCGGUAGCCCGCGCUACGACGGUCAGGCCUCGCUGGUUACCGAGAGCCGUGUCGCCGAGGCUGGUGCCGAUGCCGCCGGUGUGGAGGACAAUGACUGGAACAUGCUCGAGCAGUCGCUCAACUCGCGUCCUGCCUUCCGUUCGCUCUCGCCGUCCGCCACUCUUCGCUCGCACAACCACACCGUGUCCCCCUCGACGACCUACCACUCGGUUGCUCCUGCCUCGCCCGUCCGCUCGAACUCGUCUCACGCGUCUGUCGAGUCUGCCCCUCCCGGCCCGGCUCCCAGCCUGCCCCCUCUUGCCUUUUCCAACUCGCCCAUGAUCAAGUCCAACACCGGUAACCGCAUCACCUCGACUGGCAGCGCGCGCCACCUGGCCGGCACUUCGCGCCGUGUCUCGAGCGGCAACAUGCGCCGUGUCUCGGGUCCCCCCACCGACAUGGCUCCUGGCCCCUCGAACCGCCGUUCCAGCCAGAACGCCCUCGGUAUCUCCACCUCGGGCACCGCGCGCUCGUCCAACGGCAUGUCGCGUCUCCGUGUCGUCAACACCGACGACGAGAACCCCUUUGCCGACCCCAAGGCUUAA